AUACAUAUCUGUUAUUAUCGAUAGAGUUUUCGUUCUAAAAAUUUAUGUAAACUAUAAAUUGUUCAUGAAAAGCAAGUAAGUCACCAUACGAAAAGAUAUACAGAUUUAAAAAUUUGUCAACUUAAAAGAUUUAUUCACCAGCCACACAAUGGAUAAAAAGAUUUCUUCGACAUCGCAACCCCGCAUUUUGAAAAAGAAGCAUUUUAGAGUUAAGCAUCAAAAGGUUAAACUGUUUAGGGCCAAUGAACCCAUUUUAAGUGUGUUCAUGUGGGGAAUAAAUCACACUAUUAAUGAACUAAGUCAUGUAAACAUACCGGUAAUGCUGCUACCCGAUGACUUUCGUGCUUAUUCAAAAAUCAAGGUGGAUAAUCACCUAUUCAACAAAGAAAACAUGCCAUCACAUUUUAAAGUAAAAGAAUAUUGCCCCCUUGUAUUUCGGAAUUUACGUGAACGAUUUGGGGUUGAUGAUGUUGACUAUCGCGAAUCGUUAACUCGAUCUCAACCAAUACAAAUAGACUCGUCUGGGAAAUCAGGGGCACAAUUUUAUCAGAGCUACGAUAAAUUCUUCAUAAUAAAGAGUUUAACAUCUGAAGAAAUUGAGCGAAUGCAUGCGUUUUUAAAGCAGUAUCACCCGUACGUUGUGGAAAGACAUGGAAAAACCCUUUUACCGCAAUACUUGGGGAUGUAUAGGAUCACUGUGGAAAGCGUACAGUAUUACUUCGUUGUAAUGAGAAAUGUAUUUAGCUCGCAUUUGACAAUUCACAAAAAGUUCGAUCUGAAAGGUAGUACUGUGGAUCGAGAAGCAUCGGAGAAGGAACUUGAAAAACAAUUGCCAACUUUUAAGGAUAAUGAUUUCAUAAAACAAAAAGUCCGAUUGGACAUUGGAAAAGAAGCUAAAGAGAAACUGAUGCAUACCCUAAACAAUGAUGUGGAUCUUUUAACCAAGUUACACAUCAUGGACUAUUCAUUGUUGGUUGGCGUGCAUGAUUGUGUGCGCGCAGAGGAGGAAGCUUUACAGGGCGAUAAUAUUCCGGUUACCGGUCGAAGUGAAAACAGCGAGAGCGAGGAAUGCGAUAGCGGCGAACGCUGGACGUAUAACACGCCUCCUGAUUCCCCUAGAGGAGCACAGUAUAAAGAAGUGGUUUAUGAAGUUGAUAUAUAUGACAUUCCAAGUAUUGAAGAGAAACGCGAAAUAUACUUUAUAGCAAUUAUUGACGUUCUUACUCAAUAUGGCGUAAAAAAACAGGCAGCUAAAGCAGCCAAAACCGUCAAAUACGGCAGUAAUGUUGACGGUAUUUCGACAUGUGACCCUGAACAAUAUGCCAAACGAUUUUUGGACUUUAUGGAUAAAGCUAUAGAAUAAAUUAUUAUAAUCGUAUUGUAUUUGCCACAUUAAAAAUGUAAUUCAGUAAGGUAUAUACAAUAUAAGGUAUUAUUUUGAA